UUACUUAGCUCACAUUUCAUUACUUGUGAAUCAAUAGACUGCUUGAUUUUAUGAUUUUAGUUAUGAAAAACUCAUUUUUGAAAAAUAAUUUAUAUUAAAUUCAUUGGGGUGAACCGAUAAUAUCAUAUGAGACAGAUUUAUUGGUAAUGACACAGCAAUCAGUAAAACUACCAUAUUACUUCUAUUUAGUAAAUUCUUUAUAUAUUUUAUAUAUUAUUUACAAUUCAUUAUAUUUUAAUUAAAUUAUGCUUCAAGUUUUGAUCGUUCUGGUUUUUUUUUUUUCUUUUUCUUCUGGCUUUACCGCAUAUAGACGGUGGAGCCGGAUUUGAGAACCUUGGCAUAACCCCAUGUAAUUCAAGGUCAGGAACAAUGUACCCAAGCAAAAGACUCUUUUGAACUUGAAAGAAGCUCAUAACAAUGAUGCAAAGAAAUGGUAAGCGAUUAGUUCUCUUUCCAUUACCACUGCAAGGGCACAUUAACCCUAUGCUUCAACUUGCAAAUAUCCUCCAUUCUAAAGGUUUCUCUAUCACCAUAAUCCAUACGAAUUUCAACUCCCCAGACCCUUCAAAAUAUCCCCACUUCACCUUCCAUUUCCUUCAAGAAAACCUGACUGAAACUGAAUCCUCAACAACAGAUGUCUUAGAUCUACUUUCACUUCUUAACAUCAAAUGCAUUGCGCCUUUUCGCAAUUGCUUGUCUAGUUUGUUAUCUGAUGUAUCACAAGAGGCUGUUGCUUGCUUAAUCUCAGAUGCUAUCUUUCACUUCACACAAGCUGUUGCUAAUAGCCUCAAGCUUCCAAGAAUUGUGUUGAGGACUGGUGGUGCUUCAUCUUUUGUUGUUUUCGCCGCCUUCCCAUUUCUAAGGGAAAAAGGUUACCUUCCUAUUCAAGAGUCUAAAUUGGAAGAGCCAGUGAAAGAGUUUCCUCCGCUUAAAGUGAAGGACAUCCCAGUGAUCAACACAUGCCACCAAGAAGAUCUAUACCAAUUAGUAGUGAACAUGGUGAAUGAAACCAGGGCAUCUUCAGGACUGAUAAUGAACACCUAUGAAGAUCUUGAGCAACUUGCAUUAGCUUCACUUAGGGAGGAAUUUCACAUCCCAAUAUUCCCAAUAGGACCUUUCCAUAAGUGCUCACUACCCUCUUCAAGUAGCCUGUUAGUACAAGAUGAAAGUUGCAUUUCCUGGCUGGACAAACAAACACCAAAAUCGGUAAUAUAUGUAAGCUUUGGUAGUAUUGCUGCCAUAAAUGACACUGAGCUUUCGGAGAUAGCAUGGGGGCUAGCCAACAGCAAGCAGCCCUUCUUGUGGGUGCUUAGGAUUGGAUUAGUCCGCGGCAAGGAAUGGCUUGAACCACUGCCUUUUGGGUUCCUAGAGGAGGUCAAAGAUAGAGGGCAGAUUAUCAAAUGGGCACCUCAACUAGAAGUGCUAGCUCAUCAAGCAAUAGGUGCAUUUUGGACUCAUAAUAGUUGGAAUUCUACAUUGGAGAGUAUCUGUGAAGGGGUUCCAAUGAUAUCUAUGCCUUGCUUCACAGACCAAAAAGUCAAUGCGAGAUAUGUUAGUGAUGUAUGGAGAAUUGGGUUGCAUUUAGAGAAUGGAAUAGACAGAGGGAAAGUAGAGAGGAUCAUCAAAAGAUUAAUGGCAGAGAAAGGAGGAGAAGAGAUUAGAAACAGAAUCGAGUGCCUGAAAGAGAAGGCAAAGCUUUCUUUGUGCCAAGGUGGCUCUUCAUGCCAAUCUUUGGAUAGCUUAGUUGCUCAUAUUUUUUCUUUUGAGUCUGUAAUUUUUCAGAGUCAGUAGAACACCUUUCUAUUAGUCAGCUAAGUUUAUUAGGAGAUGAGACAUUCAAUGUGCAAACUAUCUUUAGGCCUAUCCAUGGGGUCUUGGUCUUUGUAUGCAUGUUGUGAUAUGCAUCAUUGUUCUUUCUUUUAGAACAUGAAUUUCAUUAUGCUUGUACUAGAAUAAGACAGUUUUGCUCAUUGUUAAGACAAAAAUAAAUCUGCUCAUUAUAAAAUUAAUUGAUGGGUAGAGACUCAAAUUUGAGUAA